AUGGCCACCAAUGUACAGGCGCAAACACCGCAACAACGCCAGGCAAACAUGCGUUUCGCCAAGGCGCAGGAGAAGAAGAUGGGCAAGCCCGAGUCAACGGAGCCCGUGGUCAAGAAGAGGGCGCCUCAAAAGAGCCCCAUUAGCAGGUUCUGGAUCAUUGUUCUAGCAUUCAUACUAGUCGGCGGUCUACUGUUCGAGGUCCUCAAGCUCUUCUUUUAG